AGGGAUACAUGGAAAUUUAUCGACAUGUACGCGUGGUUUUUACCGGCAGAGAGGGGGCCGGUAAAACCACGGUAUGCAAACGAGUUCAAAAAAAAAAUGUCGACCUCAACUUGCGCGAACCAACUGUAGGAGCUGUUUUCUACCCUGAUUGGUUCUUGAUUGACUGGAAAUCUAAAGAAUGGAGACAAAAUGAUGAUAAAUCAGCUAGGGAAGUAAUGGAAAUUCGUAUGGGUGUAACGAUGAAAACAGCACAGGCAACAGGAAAAGCUGGUUUACCGACAGGGUUCCGAGACAAUGAAGAUGAUUUAUCAAUUACGUCAUCACAAAAACAUACAGCAAAUCGGCAGCAAUUACAGGAAAGCACUGCAGUUGAACAAGCUUCAAAGUAUGCCAACAUGGAUGAUGCGCUCCUAUCGUUGUGGGAUAUGGGUGGGCACUCGUCGUUUCAAGCUUCUCACAAUGUCUUCAUUUCGUCACACGGCGUAUACCUGUUAGUCUUCAGACUGACAGAUUUUCUCAAAGACAAACUGGAAACUUACAGACUAAAGAAAUGGAUUCGAAUGAUUGGCACAUUUGCAUCGUUUGAAUUGAAUGCGCCGAAGCUGAAGGAACAUGAACCGCCACUGAUAUUUGUCGGCACAUUCCUUGAUGAGUUAAAGAAAGCAUCUACGGACUUCGAGGGACAGGUACAGAAAAUACAGUCAAGCAUUUCAAAAUUUCCCGAACUUUCAUCUCACAAGUUUGUCAGGUUCUGUACACUCGAUAACAGCCAAGGAACGGAACCAGCCGAGCUGCGAUUGCUUGAUGAUACCAGGUCAGGGUUGCAGAAUCCACCACCACCAUUAGCUACCGACAAUGCUGAUGCAAACUUGGAACAAUUGCGAGGAACAAUCAUAGAAUUAGCUGAACACCAGGAUCAAUGGGGCAGAAAACUUCCAACCAGAUGGUUAAAGCUUGAGUUGGAUUUACUAAAAGCAAGAGAGAGCGGAACCAAGAUACUGACAUUGGCGGAGGUGAUUGAAAUGAACAAAAAGUCUAUAGCACCACUGGCGGAUGAUGAUGAGAUCGUACUGGCCCUUGAGUAUCUGCAUUGCACAAGGUCUGUGAUAUAUUUUCGGGAAUUUGAUCACGUCAUCAACGAUCCACAGUGGCUUGCCGAUUGCUUCAGCCUCCUGAUUACCGACGAUCAGUUUCUCCCAAAAGACGAUAUCGUACUGGCUCGAGAAUUAGAGUUGUACAAGACAAAGGGCGAGUUGACUCAGAAAUUGAUCGAUAGCUUUCUUUGCCUGGAUCAAAAUAAAGCUUUAUUGCCCUAUAAGUCAAUUAUCCUGGCUUUGAUGGAAAAGUUUGGCCUGCUGGUACGGAUGUUGAUUUCGGAACCCAAUACAGCAGAUGUUUAUUUCAGUGAGGUGUAUACCAUUCCCAGCAAACUUCUAGAGCUAGAAAACAUCAAUGGUAUCACCGAUGACAUCAAUGACCUUAAACAAAGGAAUCUUGCUGUCUCACAAACAUUAUGCUUUAUAUUCCAUGAUGUCUUUGUACCAGAGGAGCUGUUUCACAGAAUCUUUGCUUCAAUCAUGAGGACUUACAGAACAGCAUCACUAUCAGCAAGACGCAUACAAGACGAACCCGGGACAGACCCGCUGACGACGAAAGAUACGACUUGUCUUUACAGAGGAUUUGGCUGUUUCGAGGUGAAUGAUCUUUGCAGGAUGAUCUUAUCAAUGCACUGGGAGCGGUCUACAAUUGCUGUAACAUUGUUCAGUCCCUCAGAAUCUAGACUUCCUCCGUACUCUGGGCCACUUGUAAGAAAAACUCUGGAACGGAUUUUACAGGAAACUCUUCAAAUGAGUAACCAGCAACACUUUCAGUUCACACAAAAACUGCACUGUAACUUCCAUCUCAGUCCUUACGACACUCCUGUAGAGCUCCACAGCAUCAUUCACGCAAAGGGAGGCAUGUUUUGUAAAGGAGAGGAAUGUCGACAAAAACACCGGCUGAAUAAAUCGGAUCUAUCACUUUGGGGCAUAACAGAGGUAGCCAUAAAUGUACAUGGAUUUGUAUCCAGUGACGCGGCAUCCUGUCGUGACAGAAGGCCGACACCCCAGGAACUCGGUCGUCUAUCGAACAUGGUCGAGGUGUCAAAAUGUCAGCAACUCUUCAUCGCGCUUGGCCUGUCCCUACCAGAUAUCUCAAACAUUGAGCACGAGGCUAGGGGUCUGACAGCUGUCACUCAGAUUACCAGGUUGUUUCUGAAUUGGACAUACGCAUAUCCUAAUCAAACGUGUCGUCACAUCGAAAAGGCCAUGUCGGAGGUCGACAUGGCUACAGACAAUCUCAGCAUGACCUUCGAGACUGGUUGGAAAUGUGUCACUCUAGAUGGCAUAGACUCUAUCGAGGAGGGACUCGACAGACAACUAGUCGUCAGCGAAAUAAGGGGCCUUAUAGACAACAUAGGCAAGAAUUAUUUCAACCUGUUUCUGGAGCUUGGGCUCUCAGUGCCUUCCAUAGAGAAGUGUGAAAUGGAUCACCUCGGUGCUGAACGUAGAGUUGAGGCGCUGAUCAAGCUUUGGAUCAACACUUUCCGAGACCAGGCAACCGUUAUCGGGAUUGUGAAGGCAAUGAAACUCUGCAGAAUGGAUUGGCACUCAACCGCAAUGGCAUACUGUGUUGCAGACGAAGAGGAGACAGAGGAAAGGCCAUGCUGGCGUUGUGCUAUUCUGUAAUGUCGCAGAGAAGCUCGACAUGUUAACCCAUAUGUGUGGGUAUUAAAGUGUAUAUAAAUACUGACGCUUGUGAGAGAAACUUAACACAUGUGUGUAUGAACGUAUUUAUAAACUGUCUAUGAUGACAUUUUCUGCAGUGUAAAAAAUUACACGGAACGGAUUCAAGAAUGGACUAAAAAGAAAUAGUUCAAAUGUACAUGUACCCAAUAUUGCUGUAUUUUAGGACUUGAUAUCAAUGGUGUACCGUUUGAGACUUGUAAACGAUGAAGAUCCCUUUGUAUAGUUUUAAAAAAAAUAUCUACGUUCAAACGGCCCUCAUUUUACUUUCUAAUUUCUUCCCUCAAUUGACAAAAUACCCUCAUAUUCGACGUAAAGUCUCUUAAAUAUUUUUAUGAUACAAUCCUUUACUCAUUUGUGUUGCUUAUCGAACACAAUUAAUCCUGAUUACAUUUUAGU